CGCUCCCCUCCCGCGCGGCCGCGCCCAAGCUACCUAUAGCUUCGCCGUCCACCUUCACUUUUUUACUUACCAACAUCUCCCAAUCGCCCCGUUUUACCGGCCAGUUUGGCCGUAAAACUGAACAAAGCUAACGGAGAGCAGUUCACAGACCUUCAAAGCCUCACAGCAAGCAUAUUCGAGUCAAGCUACCGCUAGCAACCGCUAAAGAAGGCAAUCGCCGUCUUUGCCCUACCUUCGAAGCUGCCCUCAAUCGCCCAACAUGGCCCGCGGCGAUCCCUUCCCCAAGGACCCUGCCCUGUUCCAUUCGGACGGCCGGUGCACUUAUACGCCCAGUCAAGACAAAUGGGUCCUCUUGGAUGGCAAUGGCGAGGAAUGGGAGUGGAAUAGGCCGUCUGGAAAGUGGUUCCAACCCGCCACUGAAGAACAAAUUGCUGCCUAUCAGCAAGCAUAUGGCGGUCCGGUCAACGACGAGGACCAAGACGCCCCGCAGCAGCCCAAGAACAAGCGCAAGCAGGAACCUGCUGCUCCUGAGGCUUCCAGCAAGAAGGCCAAAGCAGUCAAGGAGAACCGUGCCAUUUACAUUUCCAACCUCCCUCUCGACACUACCUACGAAGAAAUCGAGGUCGCCUUCGGCAGGUUCGGAAUUAUUGAUCAAGGAGCUGACGGUACGAAGCGAGUUAAGCUGUAUACAGAUGAUGCGGGAAACUUCAAGGGCGAGGCCCUGGUCGUGUACUUCAGGAAAGAGGCCGUCAACCAGGCCGUCAACAUGGCCGACGACUACUGGUUCCGAUCCACAGAUACGAGCCACUUGAUCUAUGUCAAGCCAGCAGAACUGUCCUACAAGCGCCACAAAGGUGGAGAAGACGCCAACUUCGUGCGCAGAGACAAAAAGGCAAAUGAGCGCAACCAAGCCGAGUUGAACCGUAAACUGGCCGAGUGGUCCGAUGAUGAUGAAGAAGCCUUGAAGGAAACAUACGCCCCACGAAGCAACAAAUGGGCCAAUUGCGUCAUCUUGAACCAUAUGUUCACCUUGGCGGAGCUCGAAGAGGACGAAGAUGCCAUCACAGAGAUCAGAGACGAAGUUCGUGAAGAGGCCGAGGACUACGGCGUCGUCACCAAAGUUGUGCUCUACGACAAGGAGCAUGAAGGCAUCAUGUGCGUCCGCUUCAAGGAACGCAAGGAUGCUGAGACCUACGCAAAGAUUUGCAACGGCCGCGAAUUCAACAACCGCAGAGUCUCAGCUUGGCAGGCCGAGGACAGACCUAGGUUCAAGAAGAGCAAAGCCACAGAAGUCUACAGCGACGAGAGCGAUUAGUCGUCGGAUUAUCUGCCGCCAAGUAGACAUAGACGUGAGAACUGACUGUUAUAGUCGGCGAAAACGUCCAAGUUCUUGUGGUUUUGCUCGGCCAGGACUUAUGAUCCCUUUCGAGAGGUUUUGAUGCAGAAAUAAUGCAUGGCCUCCAACCUUUGAUACCCCCUUUGUACUUUAUACUAUUGGAAAACGGAGAUAUGACUCAACCAUUAAAUGGAAUGGUAGCAGGAAGGCUUUCAGCCCUUUUUCAUAUAGCCUGCCAUUGCAAUUCUAUUGGUGUCUCAUCUUAGUGAUGCGAUGCAUACAUAGUUUGCAAAUGAAGAAAAUUCAAUCAAAAUGCUGCAAGUAAGCGUACUUUGGGUUCGUUCGCGUUGGAAGGAUGUGUACUCCGUAUUGUGUCAAUAACUACCAACCUUAGAGACAAGCUACCUAGACUCGUAACUCUUUCAACA